AAUAGUGGUGUAGCCGGGUUCAGGAGGGAAGAGAGUCAUUCGCGGGACUCGAGCUGCUGGGAGAUACGUUACUGCUUCAGGGCUUCAGCUAUGUACGCUCAUUGGUGAAUUGGUCAGAGUAUUAAAUCAAGUGAAUACAGCAACAUCUUCAUCAUGGACGUAGCGGAGUUAUGGGCGAUCUUUGGGCCGGGCGUCGCGGGGGCCGUCUUCGGCGCCGGCUGGUGGAUCUGGGUUGACGCCGUGGUUUGCAGCUCCGUUAAGGUUUCUUUCCUGCACUACCUUCCUGGAAUUUUUGCGUCUUUGGCGGCCCUGAUGUUCAACUGCGUUAGGAAAGAAGACAUUGAUUACUCUCCCUAUGACGAAGGAGAGUGGAGGCUGAAGCUGUGGCUCUUCUUGGCAUAUGUUGUGUCUUUUGUUUCUUUAGCUGCGUCAGUUGGUCUGCUCAUACAAGAUUCAGUUGAUAAAUCUGCCCCUUCUGUGUGGACGGGAGCUGCAGGUGUUUUGCAGUGUGUGUUUGUCUUAAUCAGUGGGCUGGUUUAUUGGACUUCUCAUCCCGAAUGAGGGGAACUGAGGUGUUACUUGGAGGCUUCAUCAUUAUCCUUGCAAUGGACGGGGAUACGGGCUCUCGUGGAUCUGUACAUAUAAAUUGUGCAUAGUCUUGACUCUUGACUCUUGGCUGCAUUGGAGUGUGUUCAUUUUGCUCGUUAUGCAUGUUAAUGAAAGAUUCGACCAAUUCCCA